AGAUAGCUGGUGGCAGCAGGGACAGGACAGGGGGAGAGAGAGGGGCUGUUUCUCUGAGGCCAUGUAAGAUCUCCGGCUCCUCAUCCAGACUCAUCCAGACACAAAUCCAUUCGAUCGUAACAACAAGUUAUUUGCUCCAGAUGUGUAAUUUACUCUAGAAACUAAGUGUGUGUGGAGUCGAUCGUUCAUGAAGAAUCCAGCGCUGGAAGAAUCUGGAUCCAAAUAAAGUGCGUCCUUCAUGGACACAAACCAAGUCCAGAGGAAGACACCGGGACAGACCGAGCCCUGAGGACACCUCCGGUCCGUGUUCAUGUCAGGUGGAGGUGAAGUCUCACUGACGGAGCUCCAGCCUUCAUCCAGCUAACACAGCUUUCCUUUCUGACCCGCGCGUAAUUGCGCAGCGGCGGAGGCAUGAGCGGGGGUCGCUUCGAGUUCGACGACGGUGGAGCUUACUGCGGAGGCUGGGAGGGGGGCAAGGCCCACGGCCACGGCAUCUGCACCGGACCCAAGGGCCAGGGCGAGUUCUCCGGCUCCUGGAACUACGGCUUCGAGGUGGUGGGGGUCUACACCUGGCCCAGUGGGAACACCUACGAGGGCUACUGGUCGCAGGGGAAGCGUCAUGGUCUGGGGGUGGAAUCCAAAGGACACUGGAUUUACAAAGGGGAAUGGACUCAUGGCUUCAAGGGGAGAUAUGGCGUCCGGCUCAGUGUGGGCAGCGGAGCCAAGUACGAGGGGACGUGGAAUAACGGACUUCAGGAUGGAUACGGAACAGAAACAUAUGCUGACGGAGGUACUUUCCAGGGUCAGUUCACCGGUGGGAUGCGGCACGGCUAUGGUGUUCGUCAGAGCGUCCCCUACGGGAUGGCGGCCGUGGUCCGCUCCCCGCUCCGCACCUCUUUGACCUCCCUGCGCAGCGAGCACAGCAACGGCACCGUCCUGCAACAAGACAUCCCCCUCAUCACCACCACCAACGCCUCCGGUGAGGAGACGCAAGUCGCCACCCCCACCCACCUGGGACCGUCCCGCGGGGGCUUCGCCCUCACGCUCCAGGUGGACCCCGAGGCCGUGAAACCCAAGAAGAAGGGUCUGUUUCGCAGGGGCUCUCUGCUCGGCAAGCUGAGGAAGUCCGACUCCAGCAACUCGCUCUCCAGCCAGAAGAGUAAGCUCAGCUUCCUGAGGACAGAAUCCGCCCUGAGCUCCAACGCCAGCGACACCAACUCCACCAUCAGCAUCGGGGACGAGAGCCUGGCCGGGGCCGAGGAUUUCCCCCCCGUGGAGGCCGACAUCGACGCCACCACCACAGAGGUCUACAUGGGCGAGUGGAAGAACGACAAGCGCUCGGGAUACGGAAUAAGCGAAAGGUCCAGCGGGCUGAAGUAUGAGGGCGAGUGGAUGAACAACCAGAGACACGGCUACGGGAGCACCACCUUCGCAGAGGGAGGGAAGGAGGAGGGCAAGUACAUGAACAACAUGCUGGUGAAAGCCAUGAAGAAGAGGGUGAUCCAGCUGAAGGGAACCAAGAUCAAGCAGAAGGUGGAGCGAGCGGUGGAGGGAGCUCAGAGGGCGGCGGCCAUCGGAAAGCAGAAGGCCGAGAUCGCUGCUUCCAGGACGACCCACGCAAAGGCCAAGUCGGACGGAGCUGAACAGGCAUCUCAGGCGUCCAACAGCGAGUCCAGCAUCGCCCGGCUGGUCGCCAAGGAGCUCUCCCCCUCCUUCUACCAACCAGGUCCUGAGUAUCUGAAGAAGAGGAUGUUCCAGGAAGUGGUGGAGGGCAGCGAGAACACAGACAUUGUCAUGCAUGAGCCGCUGUUGUCUGAGGAGGAGCCCCCGCCGACCCCGCCCGAGAGCCCCCUCAUGAAUGAACUGGACAGCCUCAGGCCUGGCUCUUCUCCAGGCCGCACGCCCUCCCCCAGCCUGGGCAUCAUCAGCAAGGAAGACCCUAAACUCCUCAGUCCAGGGAGCUGGAAUGAGGACAGAACCAGUAAAGGUGGUGGCAGCAGAGGAAGCAGUAAACCCAACAGCCGGCCCAGCAGUCGCCCCACCACCCCUUCAAACCCUGCUCCAGCUGCCCCUGAAGGAGGAGGGGGGCCCAGCAGCCGCGGCCCCUCUCGGACCCCCAGCCGUCAGAGCAGCAAGAACGAGCAGGGCUCCGACCUGGAGAUCAAGCCCCUGCAGAAGUUUGAGUCAGAGUCCAAAGCUCCGGACGAGUCUCCCGUGGCCCCAGUAAGGAAUAGCCUCAUCUCCCACUAUGAUGAAGAAGAAGCUCCGCGCCCCUCUGCCAAGGCGCCCAAAGCUGUCACCCCCGAGCCCAAACCCGCAGAGAUCCAACCUGAGAGAGCCCCACCAGUCCCAGAGCCAGCGCCCAUCAUCUCCGAGAACAAGGUGGAGUCCAGGGAGGUGAGCAGGCCGUCCAGCAAAGCAGAGACAAAGCCGUUACCGAAACGACAACCCAGCCCAGUUCCGGUACCGAAACGGCAACCCAGUCCAGCUCCGGUACCAAAACGGCAACCCAGCCCAGCUCCGGAACCGAAAUGGCAACCCAGUCCAGCUCCGUCCCCGAAACCUGCACCCACCCCUGAACCUAAAGCACUACCAAAGCAGGUGGAAGCCGUCGUUGCUAAACCGGUUCCGAAGGUGGAUCCCAAAGUGGAAAGUCGACUGAAGCCCAUUGUGUCCAGCCCGCGUGAGGAGGCGACUGCAGAGUCUCUGGAGCUGGAGGGCCCGAACACCAUCAUGAUCUGCAUGGUGAUCCUGCUCAACAUCGGCCUGGCCAUUCUCUUCGUUCACAUUUUGUCAUGAGAUGUUUUCCUCCACGUCAGGUGAUCUACAGGUCGCCUGCGGUGAUGGAGAGAGAUAGCGUCCCUCCUCAGAAAGGAGCAGAGAUGGAAAAAGGCUACUGGCGGGAGAAGGAGAAGGAGGAAGGGGAAGAGGAAGAGGAGGAAGAGGAGGUGGAGGAGCAGAGCCCCAUGCAGGCGGCCACAGCUCUGCUCAAGGUUUUUCUCGGUGUGACUGUGUGAAGCUCUUUCCUCUUUCCAGAGCUGAGAGGAAGUGAAGGACAUUGACUGACAUGAUUCAUCUGGAUCUGGAGGUGUGUGUUAAAGGGUGGGGGGGCUGGAGGGCGGCAGCAGGGUGACACAAAGAAAAAGAAAAAAGGUUUAAAAAAUACACGUAUGAAGUUAACAAGUUAGUUAACUAGUGAACUUAGGUUCAGGAGCAGGGCCACGCUUCCACCUCUAGUCACCCGUCAACAUUUACCUGGUUCACACGUCACAGCAUCUCUUUGUUCACCCUCCUGGAGAAAGAGAAAAGUAGAGGGCCCACCCUCAUCCCUUCAUCCUCAUCCCUUCAUCCUCCUCCCCUCAUCCCUAUAUAGAUUUCCAUUCAAACCUUUGAAUCACUUAUUGCUGGGGCGUGGUCCUGAUGAAUGAUAAUUAUGUUUUGUCACAGGUUUGUAGUUGCCAGCUGCAGGAACGUUGCUCACAUACACAGACUUGAUAUUCUCUCCACCUGCAGCAGACGUGUGGAGGGUUUAAAGGUGACCAUGUUGUUUUGAUCACCUGCUUUGUCCACGGUUUGGUUGAGCAGCCGAGGAGGAUCCGUUAAGUAGGAGGCUGAAACUGUGUGUGUCAAAUACUGCUGCGUACUGAAUCUGAUGUUCUGUCAAGUUGUUGUUUUUCGCCCUGUUGCUCUUGACUGUCUUAAGAAAGACUCCAAAGCAUCAUGAGUUUUAUUUGCAAAAAAAAUCUGUAUUUGAGUCCAUGUGUGUUCGACACUGUGAAAGAUUCUGUUCUCUCGCUGCCUCCACUGUCACGCUGCUGCUUCGGUCCGGGAGCUGAGCCGCGGUAAGAGAUGGAACCAGGAAGGUCAAUGAGUUUCACUGCUCCUGUGUUUGUGUUUGUGCACUGCUGCUACACACCCGGGAGGUUCUAAAUGAGUUGGGACGGUUCUUCAAUAGGAUGAGCGAGCAGAACAUGGAGGCUGUAUGUUGUAGCAUGUUUGCUUUAGUCGACAGAAUCAUAUUCAUACAGCCGCAGCAGCAGCAGCAGGAGGUGGGAUGACGCGUUUGCCUGUAAGUGUUGUCACGUAUGUUCCAGUGUAGAGAACUUCCACUGCUUCAUAUUCAGGGCCUGUUGUGCUUUUAGAGCCAAACAUCAACUUUUGUACGCAUGAGGGCACUUUGUGUGUAUGGGUCUGUGUUUUUGUACCAUUUUGAAGUGCACAUCUUUUCAACGUUCAAAUUAUUCUGAUAAUAUGCAACCCCUGAAUUUAUUUAUUUCCCAAAAGGAGUAAGUCCGAUGACCUCGUGACCGUGAGCUGGAAGGAUCCUUAACGCCGUGUCUUACAUUGAGAGGAGCACUCUUCAUGUGUGCCGUCUAAUAUUUUCCCCGUGUUUUUCGUUUAGCCGUGAAUACAUGGGGAUUUUAAAAAGUAAGGUUCUUAGCUGCACCUUUAAAAAAUCUCCUAUGAUUUAAUAAUUGGAAAACAUUUUCCACUGGUAAUUCUGUCUCAGUUCAUUCAGCAAACUGGCAGAUUAACUCAGCCGAACGUGCAAUAAAACUAGUUUUCACACGGGUCAGUGUAAUGCUCAAGGCAUUUUUGUCCGUUUUAGUGCAUCAAAUAAAACUAAAUAUCAUUGCUGAAUAUGUCACAAGUGUUUGUGUGGCUGAACGUGGCCAAAACUACAAAACUCAGAUUAAAUAAAAACUUUUACAACA